UACACUUGACCUCCGAAGGACUAUAUCUCGGGCGUUCCGGCACUUCGUUCGCCACCAACAAGAAGCGCAAGCCAUGUCGGACGCAUCGUCCGCUCCGGGUGCAGGGGAUGCCGGGACUGCGCGUCCCAGCGAUGUUCCAAAAAAGUACCUCGAUCGCGUACGCGUCCCCUGCACCAAGAACGGAGACUCUGUCUGCCAGCUACUAAUGCAUCUGCGUCGUACAACCCAAGUGCUCCUCGGCGCUUAUCACGAGCUGGUUCUAGACGAUCGACGCCCCGGAGGCGUUCGUCUGGCGAUCGUUCGGGCGCCCUCGUCCACGUGCGCCCUGCUGGGCACACCAGACGACCCACGCAAGGAGGCGGCGCUGCGUUGCGCCGAGUACCUGCUUUCCGAGCACCGAUGCAUCACGGCUGUCGAGAUCAACGGCAGCACGCCGCAACCGUCGUCCCUGCUCGCCGCUCUGCGAAGCAGUGUCUCGGUGAAAAGCGUGACCGUGUGCCUGGUACUGGAGCGAAUCGACCAGACCGACGUAGGUGUCCUCGAGGCGGUGGACGCGUUGAUGAACCUGGAAGAGCUUGCUUUCGCGUCCGUCGGCUGCGGUCUACAAGCGCAUUCUCGAAGUAUCACGCAGCUGAAAGGCCCACUGCUAGAGCGAAGCAUGCAGCACCUCAGGAGCCUAGACGUGUCCGUCAUCACGUUGAGCACAGAGAGAGUGAACGGACUGGUUUGGGCGCUUACUUCGAACCGCACCGUCACCGAACUCACUGUCGGACGACGCGUAUUUAGCGCCGGCUCCGACGAGUCCGGUGAGCUGUUCGCCCGGUACCUAACCAAGAAGGACGCCACGCUCAGGAAACUGACGCUCAAGGCGCUAGACCUUUUCGAUGACCCGGGGAUGGUGUUGCAGACUCUCGCUGAAGCGUUCUGCAAUAUGACCACGCUGGAGGAACUGAACGCAGACCUGUGGAUGAGUUGCGCCGGCUUCGCAGGGAGGAUCGCACCAUUCAUGAAAGUGUUGACUCGGAACGUCACCCUACGCUGCCUCAGGCUGCCUUCAACAAUAUGCGACCGCUGCUCUACGAUGUUGUCGCGAGUCCGCAACCCCGCCGGUAUCGCCGACCAGCAUGCGGCGCAAAAUGUCGAAUCGUGGCACGCAGCUCUGCGACAGAACACUUCACUUCGCCAGCUCCGCAUCGACUGUGCAAGCUUCGACGAAGUGGAGUGCGGCGCUUUUUUCGGAGCGGUCGCCGACAGCGACACCCUGCGGUCGGUGGUGGUCAUUCACCUGCCCACAAGAACCAACCCCGAGGACUUCUGCCGAAUGAUCCGAGAACGCGGCCUGCAGGAUCGUGUCUGCGUCGCGGACUACCACGUGACACUGACGGACGGGGACGCUUUCAGGUGGUGCAACGAGAUCACCGGCGUAACCGUCGACAUUGUGCACUUCACGCUCCCCGAGAGUCCGCGCACACUGCACGGCCGGGCACUCAGCGAAGUUUUCAGUCUCCUCGAACACGUGACGACACUCCGAAUUCGCUGCGACUUCUUCAGCGAAACGGCAUUCGCUGCUUUGUGCGCGUACGUCUCGGCACCGUCAGAACUCGAGGACGUUGAGAUCACGCUGAUCAGGCAGACGCUGCUUAUGACGCCGGAGCAGGUCCGCAGCAUGCCGAGGAGGCUAGCGUCGGCGUUAGCAUCCAACACCAAGCUCUGCAGAGUGAUUGUCAGAGGACUGCAGCUGUGCAAGGACGACUUGGACCUGCUGGCGGAUGCGGCUCGCAAGAGUCGACGACUCGUCGAGUUCCGCACAAAGUGGCGGUGCGUUUCCUGUUGUCUCUUCGACCGACUCCUCGGUGAACGCAGCGCCAUUAGGGGCAAGUUGUAUUCGCCGAACGCCUACGCUUGCAACGUGCUGGCCGAUAUAAAGGGAGUCACAAGACGAAACGCCAGGCGUAUCUCGGUAGCGGCUCGUUUCGUGAUGGGCGAGCGAGGGAGCGGCGAGGGCGCUCGGGCCAUCGAGCUGGUCCACGACCAUCCGUGCCUCCUCGACAUGGUGCGGGAGGGCGCAGCCGUGAGGAGCGACGAAGCCAAGGCGAUGAUCAAACACGCGCUGGCCCAGGUGCGCAACUUCAGUCUGCACGAGUUCAUGAGGCUGGCCCGAGUGGUGGCCCAGAGGGUGGAGUGCCCUCCGCAGGACGGUGACGACGGGCUGCAGCUCGCGGACAUCGGCCACGAUUGCUGGUUGGUCAUCCGCAGCUACCUCACACUGGAGGACAUUGCGAUGACGGCAAGACAUCCCGACCUGCCAUCAAGCAACUCGAUCGGCGAGACUGCUGGCGCUGCGGCUGCAUGCGGGGACCACCCGACGAACCAUGACAAUCCGACCUAGCCACUCUUGGAGCAAGUCCAUCGCACGUGCCGGCUGAUACAUUUAUUGGAGAACUCACACGGAAGCCUGGACGUCCUCUGCAAAACUAAACUAGAAAGAUUUUUUUUUUUUAGUACUGAAUGUUUCUUAGUACUAUUCAUGUUUCAAGACCUGUGUGUAAACUUGUUGUAAAGUUGUUGUAAACUUGUUGUAAACUUGCUGUACACUUGUUGUAAACUUGUUGUAAACUUGUUGUAAACUUGCUGUAAACUUCUGGGUAAACUUGUUGUAAACAACUCCUGUUUGACAAAUUACUCCUGAGGUUGAAUUUG